AUGACGAGACCGCGCCAGUUCAAGCUCGCAGCAGCAGAGCUUAUCAGCGGUAUCGUGCUGGAGAUGAAAGGCGUGCUCAAGGUGUACUACUUUGCCCCCAAUUCCCCCAGCAACCCCAACCCCACCGGGUUCAUUAAGGUGGUCUUCCUCGCCUCGGUGGCCGAGAAGUUCAAGGACUUUGACUGGAGCAGCCAUGGCGGCGCCCAGUGGCUCUCCGCGCAGGAGUGGGCGGAAAUGACGACCACUGGAACGCUGGAGAACGAGAACGCCGCACGCCUCGUGGCCCUCGCGCAUUCCACCCCGCGUGAGCAAGUGGCGCCUGUGGGAGUCAUUGCCAUGGAGCUUGAGACGCUCAAGGUUCUGUAG